CAGAAAGUCUUGCGGUCAUCGUCGUAUUGCCGUACAUUUAGCCGAAGCAUCAUAGAUAGCAAGGCAGCCUAUAGGAGUAGCAGGCAACCAUCCUUCAAUCGGCUUCCUAACAACAAGGGAUAAACACAUUUUUGUGAUCUCAGCUAACAUCAAGUCCUUACAAGGUCGCAGAAGUUUUUCCAUUGGACGACGGGCCAUCCUCGGCCUGCGCACAGCUUAGAAAUUUAUAGGACACAGUAAUUCAUCAUGGUCUGGCAGCCGACUGGUGGCCAUAUUCCGAUGGACCAGGACAUUAAGGUCGGCUCUCACCGACAGACUAUGGACGUGAAUCCAUUGCUGAACCACGCGGAGCUUGGUAGUGUAAAGAAAAUACUUUUCAACAAUCCUCCGCCCGAGAAAGUAUUUGGGUUUACUCCGGCGAAGGACCCUGAAGGAGCUCGUGAAGUGAUGAUGAUAUGGAAGGGACACCAGGCCAGCCCGUCGCAUGACCUUACGCGGCCCUCCCCAGACUUUAAGACACUCAACAAGAUGGCUGUUGCCAGCGGCCUCUCAACAGCCAAGGACUACCCGCCAUUCCGCAAGGACCACUCCGAAGUAAUGCUCAAAACGGACGCCAGCCUCGCCGCUGGACCCCGCCGAUCCGCGCUGCCCACCAUCCCGCCCUCCAAAUCCGGUUCCAUGUUUGGCAUGCCCAGCGCCCACCGAAGCGCGGAGGUCAUCCGUUCCUUUGGCCCCGAGGAGCCCCCCGUCAAGUACCUAGUGCAGGGUGCUUACCAAGACGAGUGGGUGCGGAAAAAUCUAGAAGCGGAGGCGGCGGGUGGCUCCCGGCAACGGCCGUACAUUCCGCCUCAGCCGACCAAAGCCGUACUGGGGCAUUCGUACGGCGCCUCGCGGUACCUAAACCCACCUAGCGACGAGGAGCCGUGGAAGAUGUCCAAGUUCAAGGCGGUGGGUCCCAAGGUGACUCAGUACACGGGCGGGUCGGUGCUUCCACAGAAGCCCAAGCAGGCGAUAGAGCUGCCAGGAGCUGUGGCGGAGUGUGACUGCUAAGAGCGUUCGCUACGAUCGGCGGCGCGUCUGAACGUCGGCCCUGCCUCUUUAGCGUGACGUCAGCAGCUUCAUAUAAAGAAGCGCGCAGCGGAACCUCGUGGUGUGUCAUGAUGUAUACAAGAUGGGUGUUCUAGAUUCGGGGGUGUGCCGGUGGGAGUGCGUCAAACAAAGUAGAAUGCAUACGUGCAGGAGAAGUGUGGGUGUAGCUAUUGUGGCGUGUUAUAUAACCUGUGUGAGGCGGUGAAGGAUUUAGCUGCGGGGCAGGGCAGGGGUGCAGGGUGCGCAUGUAGGGCUCGUAAGGCCCUCUUUUUUCCUGGGAGGAGGAGAAACCCUACUGUACUGAUAACAUCGCGUUUAGGAUUACACAUGCAUCGUGGGCUUGGGCCAUUUCAUGUUACAGCAACUUGAGACAAGUUGUUAAAGCUGGUGGCGUGGUUGGGAAUGGGACGAUGGGUUACCGGUAUUGGAAAAAGCCGUAGCGCUGGCGCAGGAGACGACCUGACCUGUAGUAUGAGCUGGGAUCGAACCUUGACCACUUCUUCUCCUGUUUGUCGGGACGCUACGCUACGUUUAGGGCGUCGUACGUACGGUGCGAAUUGUGUAUGCCGUACUAAUUGCGCUGCUGCCGUUACAUGAGCAGUUUGAGCGAAUGAUUGCGGGUCGGUUUGGGUGUAUAUAGCGGUAUUCUGUCUGCUUUUCGUGUUUGUGUGAUAUGAAAACUUGCUGAUCAGUAAGCUUCCGUGACUUUUGCCGCUGGCCAACAGACAAGCUUGGUGCCAUACCAACGAAAGGGUGACAAGGUUCGGUUUUGGGCAUUGCAUACCUGCACGGCGUCCCAGGGGCCGCUGCGGAGGCGCUUUAGGCAGUAAGAACCUACGGCAAAAUGUCAUCACCACAUAUUUACCCGGCGCAUUGUGUGUACGGCUACGGGGUAUGAUGAUGGGCGUGAGCUAUGGGGAGAUGCGCUUCACCCCCAUGUAAGCUUCCUGGUCC